CCGUUUCAACAACUUGCCCCCAAUGUCACGCACGAUCACCCAACUCUCCACGCUUGCAGUGACCCUCCGCCUCUCGCCGCCCCCCAAAAACGUCACCGAGUCCCGCCAGGUGCUCAAAGCGCUGCAAAAAUUCGGCCAAGUAACGGCCUUCAAAGCUCUACGCUUCCCCUCGGCAACAUCAACCUUCACGCCGACGGUGCACGCGCUGUUCGCGUCGGCCACCGCCGCCAGCGCGGUCAAGAUCGCCUCGCCGCUGCAUAUCUCGCACAUCGAAGCGGUCGUGAUCGAGGACGUGGGGCGAUGGACGGGGAAGGAGCACGAAGACUACCUUGCGCGCGCGGAGAGCGUGGUGCGCGAUGAGGACGGCGGGAAGGAGCUCUUGACGGCGAUCAGAGCGUCCGGUACCGGCUUUGGCCUCGGCGAUAGGCGCAGGGGGAAGGGCUGGGAGGCGAGAGCGACGAAGGACGCUGAGGGGGGGUUCGCACAGACACAGAAUCAGCAGCAGUAACAAUGGCUCUAGAGUAGAGUGCGGUGGCCCGCACCCCCGGUCUGAUAUCUCCGUGUCCGUUGCCAAUGUCGAUCCGAUGUGCGGAGAGCCCCGCGUAUCGCGGCCACACGCGUCACGUGAUUACCUAUAGUAGGUAGCAUACUUGAAUGAAACUUGGGGUCCGACCCUCCCUCGCCCUGCAUACCACAUCCACUAGGUAUCAUAGUCUCUAGGCUGUCAGUCAGUAUCACUCAGUGGCAGGGUAGCUCCUUUACUCUAGCGAUAGCUAUAGCAAGAGUCAUCUAUAGAGUAGAGUAUCUACCAUCCGAUUCUUCCAACAACAGUCGGCCAGCCUUGACGCUAGUUAGCUGCCAGAAGUCCGAAGCUGGCGUUGAGGAUGGAGGAUGGAGGAUGGGGGAUAGAGGAUAGGGG